CUCGGCUGGCCGCGCCUGCCCACGUGCUGGUUUCCGGCGAGCGCAGCGGAAGGGGAGAGGGUCGCGCCGGCCGGGGGCAGGGUAUAUGUCUGUGGCUGCCGGUGCCGGCGAGGGACGCUGCACCCCGGCUCUCCUCCCCGCGAGUAGGACCCCGGAGCGAGCCCCGCCCGACCCCCGCACCUCCAGCCAUGGCUUCUCUGCUUGCGAAGGACGCCUACCUCCAGAGCCUGGCCAAGAAGAUCUGCUCCCAGCCCAGCCCCGAGCCACAGAAGCGCAAGUCGGCUGGCAAAACUCAAGUCUCAGAAGCUGCUAGGCCCCCCAAAAAGAAGAGGAAGAGAGCACAGAAGAAGUCCCGGGAGCGGGAGGAGAAGGCUGCAGAACCCAAGGCCCAGGCCCCUGCGGAGAAGUCUCAAGCCAGGACGCCAGUGGCAGCCAAGGAGAAGGAGGAUGAGGCCCCCAGCUCGACCGGGGCCCCUGCGGAUGGCCUGGCCAGUGAGCCUGGCUCUUUAUUUGCCUUGGACGUUCUGCGGCAGCGCCUGCAUGAGAAGAUCCGGGAGGCGCGGGGCCAGGGCAGCGCCAAUGAGUUGUCUCCAGCUGCUUUGGAGAAAAGACGCCGGAGGAAGCAGGAGCGCGACCGGAAGAAGAGGAAGCGGAGGGAACUGAGAGCAAAGGAGAAGGCGGCCGAGGCCCUCGAGGGGGUGGAGGCUGCCAAGCCGCCACCCGAGGCGCCCCACGAGGAGGCGCAGGUCCAGGCGGGGCUGCUCUUCAACAAGGUGGAGGUGAGCGAGGAGGAGCCGGGCAGCAAGGCCCAGCGUAGGAAGGAGAAGAGGCAGAAGCUGAAGGGGAACCUGACGCCGCUGACGGGCAGGAACUACCGGCAGCUGUUGGAGCGCCUGCAGGCGCGGCGGGCCCGGCUGGAGGAGCUGCGGGACCAGGACGCGGGCCAGGCCCGGGAGCUCGAGGCCAAGAUGCAGUGGACCAACCUGCUGUACAAGGCCGAGGGCGUGAAGAUCCGCGACGACGAGCACCUGCUGCAGGAGGCCCUGAAGCGCAAGGAGAAGCGGCGGGCGCAGCGGCAGCGUGCGUGGGAGAAGCGCACGGCGCACGUGCUGGGGAAGAUGCAGCAGCGGCAGGACAGGCGGCGGCAGAACCUGCGCAAGAAGAAGGCGGCCAGGGCCGAGCGGCGCCUGGAGAAGGCUCGCAAGAAGGGCCGCAUCCUGCCCCAGGACCUGGAGCGGGCCGGCCUGGUCUGAGGGCCCGGAUGCCCGACGCCGACCUGGGUGGCUGCAGGCUCCGGGUCCCAGCGGAGAGCGGACGCCGCCGCGUGCUUGAGAGCCUUUGGAUCCAGGGGAGGGAUGACCCAAAUCGGGGCUCUAGGCUCCUCUUGUGAGGCCGGAACGCUCCCUGAAAGUUGCGGGGUGGGGGGCGAGGGAGCAGCGAGGAGGGAGGGGGCGUCUUGAGGGGGGGCUUCCCUGGCGCCCUCUUCCUCCCCCGUGUUUACAGGAGCGGGAACUGCUGUGUCUGCCCCAAACUCACUUGGAAAAGGACAAAAACCAGCCAGCUCCUGUAACCUGCGUUGGAGUGGAGUUGACGGGCUCGGUAACUGGGAGACGGCGGGGCCGUCCUCCGGCUGCCUGGAAUUGAGUUAUUCGAAGUUAAUUUCUAACGUGGGUGAAACCUAGAAUUUAAGGUAGACGUGCACAUUAAAAAUCCUAAGGUAACCAGUAAAAGGUAGAAACUGAACUAGCAGGAAGCACAGCGGAGUGGGGUGGACAGUUAUCGAUCUGGGGGGAGGCAGGAGAGAAAGAGUAAAACUUAGAACCGAGCGAGGCCAAUGGAGGGUGCACAGUCAGAGGCACAGUUAAGUCCAAGCCCGCAGGCAGCCGGGAUGAAUGCACGGGACAAAACUCAAUGAAUCUUAUGGUAUGUGGAUUAUAUUUCAGUAAAACUGUUAAUAAAAUUCUUUUGACUAAACUCCAGUUAAGAAACAGAUGGUAACCAAAAGGAAGCUGGUGUGGCUGUAUUAUAGGAUGAAGAUUUGAAGGUAAAAGGCACUAGUAGAGAGAAAAGAAAGUCGCCACGUAAUGAAAGGGGUGCAGGUCACCUGGAAGGUAGAACAGUUCUGCACCAGGAACAGCUUCAAAUCUGUCUAGCAGAAACUGACCCCGCUACAAGGAGAAAUCAAUUCACAAACCAAAGUGGGAGAUUUUUAACAUCUCCGUUAAGAAUUGAUACACCAAGCAGACAAAAUCAGAUGCAUAGGGAAGGUUUCAGCGAGAGCGUUUGUAAGCUUGAUCUGAUGGACACAGAAUAGUGCCUCUAAAAACAGUGUGUACC